ACGCAUAAUACAGUGCUUUAUAGAAGGUUGGCAUUGCGCGCGGCAACUGCGAUGUCAGGGCGACUUGCGAUAUGGCGCACUCGUUGAAGUACUGAACGUCGUCUGCAUUAUUGAACAUCCAAUUUUUGCUACCAUGUAUUUUGCCACCAGCUAUAGCAUCAGACCGCAGAGGCUGAGUCGCUAGGGGACUGGGCCCGGCAGCAUCGCGUAGCAGUUCGUGAGGCGUAAACAGCGUGGCGAGUGAGCACGUUGCGGAGGCAGCAUGGGUAACGUCCUUGCUCAACCGGUGCGGGUGCCGGUGGAUGUGCUGGCAGACCUGCCUGGAGUGGUCAUGAAGGACACGAUGGGCGGCGGCCGCUUCCUCAAGACGCUGCUGUGUCUGCACGACAGCGGUGGGCUGGUGGUGGUCAAGGUGUACUUCAAGCGGCCUGACGCCGUCAUCAGCGGUCUGGACGCCUACAAGCAGUCGCUGGCGGCUGUCAGAUCGGCACUGGCGGGCUGCCCGCACGCCUGGUCCUGGCAGGCCUGGCUGGAGGCCCCCCACGUGGCCUACCUGGUACGGCAGCACCUGGCAGCCAACCUGUACGACAGGCUGUCCACGCGGCCGUUCAUGUCAAACCUGGAGAAGCGCUGGGUGACGUACCAACUACUGCUGGCGGCGGCACAGAUCCACGCGCGCGGCGUCGUGCACGGCGACGUCAAGAGCGAGAACGUGCUGCUCACCAGCUGGGAGUGGCUGUUCCUGGCCGACUUCGCCACGGGCCUCAAGCCAGUGGCGCUGCCCGCCGACAACCCGGCCGAGUACUCAUUCUAUUUCGACACGGGCGGCCGCCGCCGCGCCUACAUCGCACCAGAGCGCUUCUACACCACGGGGGGCGGGGGCGGCGGAGGGGGCGCAGGCGGCGGCGGAGGCGCGGCCGGCGGUGGAGGCGCGGCUGGAGCGGGCGUGGGCGCAGCGGCGGCGGCGGCAGGCGCGGGAGCUGGAGCUGCAGGGCCUCUAGGUGCUGGUGCCGGCGCCGGGGGUGCAGCGCCCGGCGGCGGCGCAGGUGGCGGCGGCGGCGGGGCGGCACCGUUCGAGUCGUCGAAGCCCCCGACAGCGCUCACGCCCGAAAUGGACAUCUUCUCCCUGGGCUGCGUCAUCGGCGAGGUGUUCUGUGACGGCAAGGCGCUGUUCGACCUCUCAGAGCUGCUGUCUUACAGGCGAGGCGACGUCGCCGCGGACCCGGCGGGUCCCGGCAGCGCCCUGGCGGCAGUGGAUCCAGACAUCCGGCGGCUGGUGCUUCACAUGAUCCAGCUGGAUCCAGCUGCCCGCUGGCCCGCCGCGCGCUACCUGUCGGACUGGCCGGAGCCCCUGUUCCCGCCCUACUUCGCCGCCGUGCUGCACCCCUUCUUUGAGGCGCUGCUGCCGCUCGAUGCCGACGCCCGUGUCGCCGCCACCGCCGACGCCUUCCCGCGACUGCGCCGGGAGAUCCUCGCCGCCUCCGCCGCCGCAGCCGCGGCGGUGGACAAGGCGGGCUCGGCGGCGCCGUCGGCUGGCCCGUCGACGGCGACUGGCAUGGCGGCGGCGGCGGCGCCGCCGCCGCCGCCACGUGAUGCCGCGGGCGGCGCCCGGGCGCCGCCGCCUGCGGCGGCGGCACUUGGCGAUGCCGCUGCACCUGGCGGUGUGGAAGGGGCUGCAGUUGCUGGGGGCGGCGGCGUUGCCAGUGGCACGGGUGGUGGUGGCGGCGGCGGCGGCGGGCUGGGCAGUUUGAGCCUGUUGGAGGAGGUGGGGGCGCUGCUGGCGGACAGUGGGGCCAUGGCGCGGCGGCUCAAGGCCGCCGACGCCGAGGCCGACGGCGGCGGCGGCGGGCUGGGCGGCGGCAUGCUGGAUGGCGGCGACAGUGACGACGUGGGGGUCGGAGGCGCCUUCCUACUUGACGACGACCUAGACCCACACCCGCACGAUAGCAGCGGACCACACGCCAUCGGCAGCAGCGCACACGCAGACAGCAGCGGCAGGCAUGCCGCCGCGGCGGCGGCGUCGGGCGUUCUCAGCGGGGGAGGGGGCGGCGGGAGCGCUGGAGCGGGCGGCGGCUGCGGCGGCGGAGACUCGAGCAUUGGUGCUGUUACCGGGCCAGGGCCGGCGCUGGGGCUGGGGCCGCAGCUGCUGCUGCCGGUGAUUGAGGAGGUGGUGACGGAGGAGGUGUAUGAGUACCAGGUUCGCGAGCCGUGGGGCAACUGGCAGGGCGCCUCUGGCGGGGAGGAUGACGAAGCCUUGGUCGGCCUCAGCGGCCACGGCGGAGGCGGCGGAGGCGGGGGCGCAGCCGGCGGCGGAGGGCCGGGAGCAGCCGGCGGCUCCGCGGGCGCCUCCGGCGAGGGCUCUCGCUCCGGCGCCAGCGGCGCCUGGAGGGGCAAGGAAGAGGUGGAGCUGCCACGCGGCGGCGGCUGGCAGUGGGCCGGGGACUGGGUGCUGGACAUGCGGCACGGCGGCACAGGACCGCAGGCGGUGGACGGCGAGGGAUGGGAGUACCGGACGCCCGCGGGCGGCGGCGGAGGCGGCAGUGGUGGCGACGGCGGCGGCGGGCAGCGGGCGUGGUCCGCGGCGCCACUGGCGACAUGCACCAGCCGCCGGCGGCGCUGGCUGCGGCAGCGGCGGCGGCGGCUGCCGGCGGCGGCGACGCCACCGGGCGUGGGCGUGGGCAGCACCCCGGCGUCGGGGGCCGGCACCGGCGCGGCGGGUGCGGGUGCUGGUUCAGCGUCAGCAGCCUCAGGAGCACACGGCCUGCUGCGGAUACCGUCGGUGCACCGCCUGCACACCGCUGCCGCCGCGGCGCCGCACGCUACCGCACAAGCAUCAGGCGGCGCGGCGGCAGCUGACGGCGCGGGCACUGGCGCUGGCGGGGCGGGCGCGGGGGCUCUGGCGGCCGUGGCCGUGACGGCGGUGGGGCCAGCGGUGCCUGCGGGCGCGGCGGCGGCGGCUCCGGGCACUGCGCACGGGCUGGUGCUGGUGGCUGUGUUGCUGUGCAGCACCCUGCGAGGGUCACGCCUGCAGGAGUCACGGCUGGCUGCGCUGCGGCUGCUGGUGGCUGCUGCUGAGGAGUGUGGCGACGACCACGUGCGGCUGCAGGCGUGUGUGCCCUACCUGCUCACAGCGCUGCAUGACGUCAGCGGGGCGGUGCGGUGCGCGGCGGUGCGCGGCCUGGUGCGGGUGCUGGGGCGCGUGCAGGCUCUGCCGCCCAGUGACAUCAAGGUGUUCCAGGACUACGUGCUGCCGUCCAUGUCGCUCACACCCAACGACCCCGAAGAGGCCGUGCGGGUCGAGUACGGCGUGGCUCUGGCGCACCUGGCCGCAGCCGCACACAGGCACCUGGUGAGGCUGCAGAGCGACAACAACGCCGCCGCCGCCGCGGCGGCGGCCGCUGCCGCGGCCGCGGCGGCGGCCGCCGCGGCGGCGAGUGGUGGCGGCGUGGUGGCGGGCGGGCUGGCGCCGCCGCCUAUACGCUAUGAUGCGGAGGUGGCGGCGGUGCGGGCGCUGAUCGAGCGCGGCGUAGUGGAGCUGGUGACGGGGCUGCGGUCCAGCGCCGACGUCAAGCGCGCACUGCUGGUGCACGUGCGGCCCCUAGCGGAGGCGUUUGGACGCCGCGGCGUGACCGAGCUGCUGCUGCCGCUGCUGAUCACCUGCCUCAACGCGCCCGAGGGCCGGCUGCGGGCGGCCUUCUUCAAAGCCGUGGGCUCGCUGGGCCCGGCGCACCUGGGCGGCGAGGCCCUGGACGCCUUCCUGCUGCCGUGCCUGGAGCAGGCGCUCACAGACCCCGAGCCGCGAGUGGUGUGCGACGCAGUGCGCUGCCUGGUGGCGGUGGCGCCGCAGCUGCGCAAGCGCUCUCUGCUGGCCGCCGCGGACAAGGUGGCUCCGCUGCUGCGGCACGACAGCCCGGCGGUGCGCGGCGCGGCGGUGGCCAUGGUGGCAGCGGCGGCCAGGUACCUACCACUUGUGGACGUGUACGCACAGCUCGCGGUGGCGGUGGGGCCGCACCUGACCCGACUGCCGCCGCUGCUGUCCGACGAGUCCCUGCUGGCAGACUGCCUGGCGGCGCAGCCGCCCGCGCGGCGGCGCGGCGCGGCAGGGGUGGCGGCUGCAGCAGGAGAGGGCGCCGCCCUUGGCAGCAGGCGCAGCGCGGGCGGUGGUGGGCGGGGCGCUGCUGGAGUCGGCGCACAAGCCGAGGCGCUGGCGGCGGCGGUGGACAAGCUCUCGGUACCGCUGCGCGUCGGCGGCCCCAUUGGCGGUGGCGCCUCUUCUUCCGCCGUCGGUGCCGCCGGCCGACUCGACGCCGUGAGCUCAGCUGUCAGCGGCGCCGGCGAAGCCGCUGGUGCCAGCGCGGCCGCUGGUGUGACGAGCGGCGCCGGCAUGCUGCCUGGGCUGCCGCUUCUAGAGGGCCUGGCGGGGCCCGACGACGCCGCAGACCUGUUCCUAAGGCCGGCUGCUCCGCUGUACACCUUCGAUAUGACCUUGGACGCCGCGGCAGCUGCAGCUGUGGCAGCGGCCUCAGAGGUAGCCGGCGGCGGCGGAGCCGCCGCCGCGCCCUCCGGCGCUGCCACCGCCGGAGGCGGCGGCGCCGGCGCCGGAGGCGCCACAGGCGGCGGCUCCGCCGCCGCCACAGCCACGCUGGCCGCGGCGUCUGCGGGCGCGGGCGGCAUUCCGGGCCCGGGCGUGUCUGCGCAGGCGGCGGCGCUGGCGGCUGUGCCUGCACGGCUGGGGGCGCUGGAGGCGCGGGCGCUGGGUCUGGCGGAGCGGCUGGCGCGGGAGCCACUGGGGGUGGACCCAUUGGAGCGACAGCAGCUGGAGAGGUUGGUGGGGUUGCUGCCGCGCCUGCGUGCCGAUGCUGGCUCGGACGUGCGUGACUCGGCGGCGCGCGGCACGUGGCGGCUGGUGGCGCUGUCGGCGCGCGGGCCGCCACCCAUGGUGCUGCCGCCGGGCGGCGGCGACCGCGGCGGCGGCGGCGGCGGUCUGUCGGGCGCUGUGCAGCUAGGCGACUAUUUCUCAGCGAGCGCCCCUUCCAGCUCUUCCGAGUACUACUACAGCAGUGGCGACUCGGCGGCGGCCUCAGGCGGCGGCGGCGGCUGGUGGCGGCCUCGCGGUGUGCUGGUGGGUCACCUGGCGGAGCACCGCCGCGGCGUCAACCGGCUGGCGGUGGGCGCGGCGGGCUGCUGGCUGGUGUCGGCUGCCAACGACGAGACAGUCAAGGUGUGGGAUCUGCGCCGCCUGGAGCGCGACGUGUCCUUCCACUCCCGCCUCACCUACGCCGCCCAAUCCGGCCGCAUCACCGCGCUGUGCUGCUGCGGCGGCCCCGGCGACGCGCCCGGCUCGGGCGGCCCCGGCGGCAGUAGCACCUCCAGCGGCUCCUACUACAGCUCCGGCACCACCGUGGCCAGCGGCAGUAGCAGCGGCUCGCUGCACCUGUGGCGGCCCGAGUACACCACGCGCCAGGCGGGGCUGCCGGACAAGUACACGGGUGUGGUGGCGGUGCGGCUGCUGUCACCGGGGCAGGGCGCCAUUCUAGAGGUGGCGCCCUGGGGCCCCAACCUGUUGUUGUACGUGACGCAGCGUGGCGGCGUGUGCGCCUGGGACACGCGCACGCAGCGGGACGCCUGGGCGCUGCCGGCGGCGCCCGCGCGCGGCCUGCCGGAGCACCUGUUGGCAGACCCCUCCCCAGCCGCCGCAUGGAUCAUGACCGGCAGCAGUCGCGGCUUUCUCAGCCUGUGGGAUGUGCGCUUCCAGCAGUGUGUGCACACCUGGCAGCACCCACUGCGCUGCCCCACAGACGCACUGGCACUGGCCACAGGACCGCCCGCGCGAGUCAGCGGCGCCGCGGCGGCGGGCAGUGCGGGCGCGGGCGUCCAGCGCGGCAGCAGCGGCUGCCCCCUGGUGUGGGUGGCGGCAGGGCAGGGCGAGGCAGGGCUGUGGGACAUUGUGAGCGGGCGCUGCAGACAGGUGCUGCGCUGUUUAGGGCCCGUGGAGGCAGAGGCGGCGGCCGCAGUGACGUUGCCCGCAGCCCUGACGCCGCCGUCACCUGCGGCGUCGAAUGGCGGCGCCGCUGGUACUGGUGGCGGCGCCGCUGGCGGGCCGGCAAGUGCCGCCAUGGCCGCUGGCGGCGGCGGUGGCGCGGCAGGCGGCGGCGGCGCGCUGGCGGCUUUGGGACUUGACGCCAUUGCGCAGCCGCAGCCGCGGACCGCAGGCGCGCGCUGCCUCCUGUCGCUGCACGGCGGCGCGCUGCUGUGGGGCGGCAGCGACGCGGCGGUGCGCUACUGGGACGCCUCGCGGCCCGAGGGCAGCUACGCCGUAUGCGGCCCACUGUGGCCGGGCGACUCGCUCAGCGACGGUACGCCGGGCGGCGGACUCAGCGUGCCAGAGUUCAGGUACAAGUACCGCACUCGGGCGCUGGGUGACGUGGCGGUGUGCGAGGAGCUGUGUGUGCUGGACAACACGUCGCGCCUGACCGAGAGCUGCCAGGAGCUGCGCGGCCGGGUGCGUGUGAACGACCAGGCACAUGCAGAUGCGGUAACGGCCCUGGCGGUGGCGGACCCCCCAGGCAGCAGCCGACUGCUGCUGACAGCCAGCCGUGACGGGGUGGUGAAAGCCUGGAAGUGAUAUGUCUGGAGGUUGGAGAAGAUGCACAGCGGGCGAAGAUGGGCGCUGUUCGUUGGCUGGGCAACAGAAGAGAUCCCGGCAAACCAAGCGCCGGCGGAAGCAGGGAGGGAGUUGCUGCUGGGUGUGGGACAGGGCGGGUCUAGAAAGCACGACUGGUGUGUGGCUAUUUCGGCACUUCUCGAUCGAUAGCGUAACACAGCUUUUUACAUAGCUAUGGCUGCGGCGGCUGUGUGUGGGCAACUGGGCAGAAGCAGGCUGACAGCUGUAAAACGUAGCGUGCGUCCCGAAGGUGCUCAGCACGUGUCAGCGAGUCGCUUGCCAGGAGAGAGCGCCAGAAGUGGUGGGUGUGGGAGUUAAUGCGCUGUCUGGCAUCUGCGCUCAAGGCAGUUGCUGACCAGGCUAAAACUUUCUUUGUGCCUUGUUACGGUAUGCCCCGCCUAUGAAACGCGGCUGGCAGCUGGCAGACAGGCCGCCCAGGCGCCCAGCGUCACCGUCAGCGGCAUCCCGUACGGGUAGUCUGCGGCCAGGAGUGCACACGAGGUCAGAACCGAAGCAAGGUGCGGGAAGAGCAGAGCAAGGGUGAGGGAGAAGCAAUGACUCAAGAGUG